AAAAAGGUAGAGCGAGGUCAUCUUUUGACUGCACAAUCAAUGCAUUUCAUAUGUAAUAAAGAAGUAGGGAUGACAGAAGAGAUAAAUGAACAAUUGUUUAAAUAUUUUGUUAGUCAAUAAAAUGACAAAGAGAGAGAGAGAGAGUGAGAGAUAAGAUGCCGUCCAAUAACGAUUCAGAAAUAAUACCAUUUGAAUGCGAUAAGAUGAUGAAUAGAAGAAGUAAUUGCAGGAGCUUGUACAUACGUAUUGUUUACAUUUAACACACAAGCAGUUAUUAAUCGGUGCUUUUCCGCGCAUGCUAUUAAAGUGCAGUUGUAAAUUACUAUGUUUGUGUGAAACAUCGCACAUAUGUUUUUCCGCAGAGGGAUUUUUUUGAAAUAAUAUUACCUUUCGAACAAUUAUUAAAUAACUGGUUUUCCUGACGUCUACUCUGUGUUUAUAGAUACGGUACAAGAAAAAAAAUGCAUGGUAUCAAAAGAGUAUUAGUUUUUUGUACAUUGACAACUGUACUACCAUUGAUGCUUAUUCUAAUCCCUCUCUAUCUGCGACACAGUUUUUAUGCUAAUGUAGCAUAUGCUGUUACAGAGUCUGAUAUUUUGGAGGUCAAUGAUGGAGUAUCAACUAUAUUUUGUUCUGCGCAUACUUUACAAAUGAAUGCAACAUUUAACGCAUUCCAAAUGUCGCAUAGACCAGAGAUAACGUCAUAUAAAAAACAUAUAAGAUUAAAGAAAAGUAUGAUUUUACCAGAUGAUACAUUUGAAUAUUGGGGAUUUUAUUUGCUUAAAGGCGCUACGGUAUUACUUUCUGUUUGUUCAAGAUUUCAAGGAGCUUCUAUUUUGGUUGUGAAAGGUGAACGUAACUUGCGUACUUGUGAAAUAUUGGAACAAAAUAAAAACAGAGAACUUGGAACAGAAAUGUUCUUACCAGAUGCGGAUCAAGUUAAAAUUACAUUCGAAUCUCAUAUGAAAGGUAUCAGUUCUGUUGAAGAUAUAAAUCAGCAAGCUUUUAAUGCCAUCGCAAGAAAAAAUAAUACAAAGCAAAGUUUUAAUGAUACAAAUGUUAUGCAGAUAACAGAUAAUUUUAAUGAUACUAAUCAAGAGAAAUUCUUGGCAUCUAUUAAAGAAACUCAAAACUAUACAAUAGAAGUACCUGUAACAUUGAAAAAAACAAGGGAAAUUGAAUCUACCAAGAGAUCUCAGCGAUGGCUUCACUCAACAUUUGCUAGUCAGGAAAGAAACUUGAAUGAUGAAAAAGAAUUACAAAAGAAAUCAACGAUUAUAAAGCAUCAAAGUAAAAAAAUAGGAAGAGAAGAUUUGAAAUUUAAUACUCUUAAUCAAGAACAAGUUGAAAACCACAGAAAUUUAAUAGAAAAAUUGAAAAUGGAAUUAAAUAUGGAACACGAUGAGAAUGACAACGUAGAGGAAGAUUUAGAUGAAAAACUAGAAAAUAAGCUAGUCAAUACUAGGGUAAAAAGAAAUCAAGAGCUUGUAAAUCCACCUUCAUUACUUGACCAAGGUAUCAAACAUGGUGGAACCGCAGAUAAAAAUACAAUGGAUCUCAAUGAAGCGUCAUCUGUAUCUAGUUUUGAAAAUGGUUUAUUUAAUUGUUACGAAGGCUCAAUUCUUUUGACGCAAGAAUUUGAACCUUCUGAAAAAUGUAUUGACGUUGAUUAUUUAGUUAAUGGAAAACAUAUGGAGACAAGACACGAUGUCGUAGAGGAUGGAUAUUAUUAUUAUAUAUUUUACAGCGAUAAUGAUUUUGUUUCAAACGAUAUACAUGCUCUAUUCGAUAUCUAUAAACCAACUUUUCAAUAUGAAAAUGUUACCAAGUCUUGUAUAAAUCAAACAGAGUGCUCGUUUACAUUAGAUCUUAUGUCUCCUGAUAGAGUAAUCGUAGAAAUACCAACCAAAGAUGGUAUAGAUUUAGAUCCAGAUGAGAUUAGUUUAUUGAUUUCAGUUUGCCAUCCACGUAUGGGUGUGUACGCCAUUUUUCCAAUCGCAGUAUUGUUCUUUAUACUUGGUUGUGCAUUUAUGUAAAGAUUUAUAAAGAUGAGAUUUACAAAGAUGAUAUUUACAAAGAUGAUAUUUACAAAUUUAUAAAUAAUUUUAAAAUAUAGUUUGUUAUAGAUUAUAUACAUUUUAUUAUUUAG